AUGAGCAGUGCAGUCCCGAUUUCUACUGGAUCCCGGCUGGCACACAUGUCGAGGAGUGGUGCAAGAGCUGGACCGGCACUUCCCAAUUCAUGUCAGGUAGAGAGGAUGGGAUUAGGUCUUGCUAGCCGCAUGGAGUAUACCACCGAAGCUUUCUUCUCUCCCUUGCAUAACUGGGCAAGUAACCUUAACGUUCUCGGCCUGGGAAAUAUCAGCGUAAUUGAUUCUAAAUCCAGCCUCUUCUUGUCAUUUUACGCCCACUAUCAACAACCUCCUUAUGCAACGCCUUAAUAUCCGGAAUCCAAAGAUUCUUCCCGAUGGAAACUCCCCCGGACUCUUUAUCCCAGACGGCGGGUAUCAAUAAACCCUAUUACGGAACAGCGUCGGGUGGCAGAGUCCAUUGUACCUGGAGGGUCAACAGAACUCGGGCAAAACAGGGAAGUGUUAUCGGUUACGUAAACUGGGCCUGGCUUACAUUGCAAUAGCAAUAAUAAUAACAAACAAGGGGUGAACAGACCCGGGAGUGCUGACCUUCGUGGACUAGCCCAUAGUGCCAUCUCGGCAGAAUUCGUCCAGUAGUACUAUCCGCGGUGUUCCU